AUGAAUUGCCAGCACGUAGAUCGGAGGAUCACAAAAAGUGAGCGUGAGCGGCGCCGGGACCGGGAUCGUGACCUCGACCGUGACCGCGAGCACAAGCCGGGGGAGCGAGGCAGUGAGCGGGGCAGGGAUGAGGCCCGAGGUGGGGGUGGCGGCGGCCAGGACAACGGGCUGGAGGGUCUGGGCAACGACAGCCGAGACAUGUACAUGGAGUCUGAGGGUGGCGACAGCUACCUGGCUCCGGAGAAUGGGUAUUUGAUGGAGGCUGCGCCGGAGUGAAGCGGUCCUCUCCACCUGCUGUGAUUGGACGCGUUCCUGCCCCACCCCCUUGCUGUCAUCCCCUCCCUCAACCUUGGCCACCUCAGUUUGUCCUCCAAGGGUAGGUGUCUCAUUUGUUCUGGCCCCUUGGAUUUAAAAAUAAAAUUAAUUUCCUGUUAAAAAAAAAAAA